AUUUAAAGGUGAACCACCCAUUUAAUCCAGAUCUAACCAAACAGCCUUUACAGCCUUCUGUCCCUUCCAUUUUAGUUUUACAGAUUUUCGCUUUUUUAACAAUUCAUCAGACUUAUAACAGCUGUGUGCUCUGUGCAUAGUAUAAUAAAGCAGGUCCAGAAGAACUUCUUCUCUGUACUCUAAAUUGCAUUGAAAGCGGGAUGUUAAAAUUGGCAUUAUUUGUUAAUUUACUGCUAAUAUUUGUGUGUCGUCUUUUAACUGCAGGUAUAGAGCGAGAUGCUGUUCACACUUUCACCAAAUACAUUUCUCCGGAUGCUGCUAAACGUUUCCCGAUCAGCGAGGAAAUCCGAAGUGAUAUUGUUGCUAAGAUUUGUGGGGAGGACGGCCAAGUGGAUCCCAAUUGCUUUGUUACAGCACAGUCCAUUGUGUUCAGCUUCAUGGAACAAGAGUAUGUUUCCUUUAAUUACCUUUUGUUUUUAAUUGUGCAUAACAUAAAGCCAGUGUCACUCAUUGCUGUGGGUUGUCUGUACAAGAAAAUUGGCUUAUUUGUUAAUCAUUUUAAUGCUCCUAAAGGGGACAUAACAACAUAUAAUUUAAUUUACAAUUUCUAAGCAGUGUCGGAACCCUUCUCCAGAUAUUUAGAAUUUCAAAAAAAUAAAAAUUUUCCGACGCCUGCGCAUGCUCGCCGAGUGGCGAUGUUGCACAUGCACGCCGAACGGC